AUGUCGGAAGUGACAGAUUCAUACGUACCGAAAAGUCAACAAGAUGAUAUAGAUGGCAGCAAUAAAAAAUUCAGAAGUGAACGAAAUAGAGAAAGAUCAGAAAUAUCUCGUCGUGAAUUUAUAUCUGGGGUUAAGACAACUUCAACAUUUAGUAAUGUUGAAACACCAGGAUGGAUGAAGAAAGAAGAAGAUAAAAAUUUGAAAUAUGAAAAAUACGGAACUAGAGGGGAUUCAUCAAUUAAUUCCUCGUCAUCAAUAAAAGAAAAAGAGAAAGAACAAGAUUCAAGAUUAGAUAGAUUGAAACGUUCAAGAGAUAAAAUGGAGGAACGACAUGAAAGAGAUGGAAGAGAGGAGGAAGAGGAGGAAGAAGAUCCAUCAAUACAGCCCUACUUACACUUAGACGUUGCGAAUCCAUCAAAUAUACAUUCACAAGGAAAAGAUAAUUAUCACACGUUUCAAAGUAAAAUAACAAAUAGGGAAAACCGUGAUAUCAAUAGUAUUGUCAGGCAGCAUUAUAAUCAAAGAACUCAACAAUCGAAGAGACAAGGGUCAAGAGUGAAUUCUCCAAUUUAUAAAUUAAGAAAUUUCAAUAACACAAUAAAGUAUAUCCUAUUAGCCAAUUGGGGCAAAUAUGUUAAAGAUGAAUCAACUCCUUCCAAAUUAUUUUCAGUACUAGAUUUAUGUUGUGGGAAAGGUGGUGAUUUAAACAAAUGUGAGUUUAUAAAAAUAGAUCAAUAUAUAGGGAUAGACAUCUCGGACGUUUCAGUACGUGAAGCUUAUGAUAGAUACUCAAAACAGAAAGCAAGAUUUAAAAUGCAACAAAGGAAUGAAAAUAGAUAUAAUUUCGAAGCUUGUUUUGCUACAGGUGAUUGUUUCACUCAAUUUGUACCAGAUAUGUUAGAACCAAAUUUUCCAGGAAUUAUAGAUAAAACUUUCCCAGUUGAUCUUGUAUCUAUACAAUUUGCAUUACAUUAUGCUUUUGAGACUGAGGAAAAAGUUAGGACUUUAUUAACAAAUAUUUCAAGAUCUUUAAAAAGUGGUGGUAAAUUUGUUGGAACAAUUCCUUCUUCAGAUUUUAUACAAAGUAAAAUUACAAGUAAUCAAGUAUACAAAAAUCAAGAGGGUAAAUCGAAAUUUGGAAACAAAUUAUAUUCAGUCACAUUUGAUAAACUGCCACCAGAAGAUGGAGUAUUCCGACCACCGUUUGGCAAUAGAUACGUAUAUUGGUUAAAGGAUGCAGUAGACAACGUCCCAGAAUAUGUCGUGCCGUUUGAAACUUUAAGAUCAUUAUGUGAAGAGUUUAAUCUAAUAUUAAAAUACAAAAAGAAUUUUGUUGAUAUUUUUAAUCUGGAAAUUCCUCAUUUUUUCAAUCGAUUAAACAAAAAUCUAAUUGAUGGAUUGAAAAGAAGUGAUGGUAAAUAUGGUGCCGAAGGUGAUGAAAAAGAAGCAGUUGGAUUUUAUAUAGGUUUCGUCUUCGAAAAAAUAUAA